AAAAGAAAUCCUAUAAAUUAUGAAUUUAUUAAAAAAAGAUCAUUAAAAACAAAAAGAACGUCAUUUAAUAAUAAUAAUAAUAAUUUUCAAAUAGAAUUCACAUGUGGAAUUGAUGAUAAAAUACUUUGUGAUAAAGCUAGAAAAGGGUUUGAAUCUGCUGGUCAGAUAAUUACUUCAACUAUAUCAUUUAGGAACCCUGUAAUAGUUAAUGCAUCAUUUUAUAAUUUUUGUAAAACCGAUAAUCAAUGUUCUUCUAGUAAUGAUAAUAAUAUGGUAGCUGGUGGAGCAAAUCCAACAAAAACGAUAGCAUUAACAGAUAAUGAUGGAAUUGUAAGAUAUUACCCACAAGCUUUGGUUAAACAAUUACCAUUUGAACGUUAUCCAGAUUUUGAACCUUUUGAUAUCUCAGCAAAAUUUAAUUCUGAAGUAAAUUAUUGGUUUGAAGGAGAUAAAUUACCAAUAAAAUCUGAUCAAACGGAUUUCAUAUUAAUAAUUUUACAUGAAUUUAUUCAUGGAUUAGGAUUUGUUUCUAGUUGGAAUGAUUUUUUUAAUUUUGCAAAUCCACAAGGAUUGACUCCAGUUCCAAGCGCCGAUAAUUUGAAUUCGGGAAUGUCAUUUAACGGCUUCAUUGAAAAUAUAUUUGAUAAAUAUUUGAUAUUUUUACCUUCAGGGGAAUAUGUAUCAAAUGUUGCCGCUAAAAUUAAUACAAUAGUAAAUGAAAAAGGAAAAUUUUACCAAACUCCAGAGAAUUUUAUUACGACAUUUAAAUCUUCUUCUCAAUAUCAACAAUCGGAAAUGAUGUUAAAAGCUGCUACAACAUCUUUUUCUUUAGGAUUUUUACCUAAUAACACGAAUAAUUUAAGCGAAGCAAUUAUACUUGAGACCACAUUAAAUCCUUUUAGAACGGGAUCAAGUCUCGGUCAUUUUGAUCUUAAAACUUAUAUGAAUACCUCCGAUUUUUUGAUGACUUAUAUACAAGAUCCAGGAAUGACACUUGGUGAUUAUAUGUCAAUUAGUGGUAAUUAUACUGGUGGUCCAAUUGGUCCAAAAUUAAGACAAAUUUUGGGGACAAUGGGGUAAAUAUACGAUUAUAUUCGUUAUUAUAUAUAUAUUAUCAUUAUUAUUAUCAACGUUAAUACUUUUUAAUAUUGUAGAUAUGUUAUAAAAGAUGUUUAUAUAAGUCCAUAUACACCCAGUGUAUCUCUCAAUAAAUUUUCAACGGCCGCAACAAUAAGUAGUAAUAUUGGUUUUAUGAUAUUUAUUUUUACAACAAUCAUAAUUUUUAAUAUUUUAAUAUAAUCAUGUAAGGGCAUAUAAUAUAACUUAAUUUAGUAAUUAGUAA